UGGUCACACGUGGUUGGCAUGUGGAAAAAACAGUUACUUACAGAGAAGGGGAGGAGUGUGACGUUUACUUAACGAAACGAAACGAAACGUUAACGGAGGAAGAGAAGAGGAAGAUGAAGAUAAAGGAUGAGAAGGGUGAAAGCAAAGGCAUCUUUUGGGUCCAAAACGAAAAGAGCGAGGGACACGCAGUGUGUGGAAGUGGCCCACCACUUUGAGCCUGGUGGGUUGUACUGUUCCCAAUCCCACCACCACCUACGAAUUAUUAUUAUUAUUAUUUUUUUUUUUUUCCCUGAUAGAUAGAAUAUCAAACCAUACCUUCUCAAAAAUGAAAAAAUAAAGCCAAUCAAAUUCACAUCGCCAUCAUCAUCAUCAUCAUCAUCAACCAUAACACCGUUUCCGUCCACAGAACCUGUUGGCAAUUUGCGUGGCGCACUUUCCGACAUUAACCUGCCGCCGAUCUCCUUGCUUCUUACACGAAAUCUCUGACGUACCAGAAGGAAGAGGUUGUCUGUCGGUACUUGAGCUGAGCUAGGUUUCUGUUACUUCAGUUGACUUGGGGAAUUGGAAGGGUUUGGGGUUAGUUGCUAGUAGUUGGCUAUGUGGAUUGCGCUUAAUUGGAAUCAUGGUUGCGUGGGUGUGCUCUUUCUGGACUGUUGGGGAUGAGCUGAGGUUAAUCCACUGUGAUUCCGUGCUGUUAAUUUCGUACAGUAACUGAAUUUAGCUCUAGUUAUUGGUGUUUAGGAGUAUUGGAUUAAGAUUGGUAUUUCUUGGUUGUGACCAUGGAAGCUAGAUUGGGUGCGGAGGCUUAUCAUUUUUAUGGUGUGGGUGCUGCUUCCUCGGAUUUGAGGGGUGUGGCGAAGAGGUCGUCGGAGUGGGAUUUGAAUGAUUGGAGAUGGGAUGGCGAUCUUUUCAUAGCUAGCCGCCUGAAUCCGGUGCCAGUAGAUGGUGUGGGAGCGGGGCAACAAUUUUUCCCUGUUGGGUCCGGGAUCCCGGGAGGUCUGUCUAACAGUUCUUCUUCGUGCUCUGAGGAAGUAGAUCUUGGGGAUCCCAAGGGGAACAAGGAAGGGGACAAGAAAAGGAGAGUUAUUGUGCUGGAGGAUGAUGGUUUGAAUGAGGAAACGGGCACCCUUAGCUUAAAGCUUGGUGGGCAUGCUUCUUCGAUGGUGGAUAGGGAAAUUGCGAGCUGGGAGGGUAUGAAUGGAAAGAAGAGUAGAGUGGCUGGAAGUACUUCAAAUCGAGCUGUUUGUCAGGUGGAGGAUUGUGGUGCUGAUCUGAGCAAAGCUAAGGAUUAUCACAGACGUCAUAAAGUUUGUGAGAUGCACUCCAAGGCUAGUAGGGCACUUGUGGGAAAUGCAAUGCAGAGAUUCUGUCAACAAUGUAGUAGGUUUCACAUGCUUCAAGAGUUUGAUGAAGGAAAGAGAAGCUGUCGAAGACGCUUGGCAGGCCAUAAUAAACGAAGAAGGAAAACAAAUCAUGAAGCUGUUCCAAAUGGAAAUUCGUUAAAUGAUGACCAGACUAGUAGUUAUCUAUUGAUAAGUUUAUUGAAGAUACUUUCAAAUAUGCAUUCUGACAGGUCAGAUCAGACCACAGAUCAGGAUCUACUAACUCAUCUUCUAAGGAGUCUUGCAAGUCAGAAUGGUGAACAAGGUGGCAAAAACAUGUCUAACCUUUUGCAGGAACAAGAGAAUUUGUUGAGAGAAGGGGGUUCAUCAAGGAGAUCAGAGAUGGUGUCAACUCUAUUAUCCAAUGGUUCUCAAGGCUCCCCAACUAUUACAAGACAAAAUGAAACUGUAUCUAUGACUAAAAUGCAACAAAAAGUGAUGCAGCCACGUGAUGCUGGGGCUGCUGAUCUGCAGAUCAUGUCUUCUAUAAAGCCAAGCAUUUCAAACAGUCCUCCAUCCUACUCAGAAGCCAGAGACAGUACUGCUGGACAGAUCAAGAUGAAUAAUUUUGAUUUGAAUGACAUAUAUAUUGACUCAGAUGAUGGCAUGGAAGAUCUAGAAAGAUUACCCAUCUCUACAAAUCUUGUGACUAGCUCUCUUGAUUACCAAUGGACACAACAAGAUUCUCAUCAGUCAAGUCCACCUCAAACGAGUGGAAAUUCAGAUUCUGCAUCUGCCCAGUCUCCUUCUAGUUCGAGUGGAGAAGCUCAGAGUCGCACAGAUCGAAUUGUUUUUAAGCUCUUUGGCAAAGAGCCUAAUGAUUUUCCUCUUGUACUUAGAGCACAGAUUCUUGACUGGCUGUCCCACAGUCCUACCGAUAUUGAGAGCUACAUACGGCCUGGUUGUAUUGUUUUGACCAUUUAUCUGCGUCAGGCUGAGGCUGUAUGGGAGGAACUUUGUUAUGGUCUGACUUCCAGUUUGAAUAGGCUGCUGGAUGUCUCAGGUGAUACCUUUUGGAGAACUGGAUGGGUUCACAUCAGGGUGCAGCAUCAGAUGGCCUUCAUUUUCAAUGGUCAAGUUGUCAUAGACACUUCCCUCAGAAGUAGCAAUUAUAGCAAAAUUUUGACUGUUAGUCCAAUUGCUGUGCCAUCAUCAAAGAAAGCUCAAUUUUCUGUUAAGGGUGUCAAUCUGAUACGCCCUGCCACUAGGUUAAUGUGUGCUUUAGAAGGGAAAUAUCUGGUCUGUGAAGAUGCUCAUGAGUCAACGGAUCAAUACUCCAAGGAGCCUGAUGAAGUUCAGUGCAUCCAGUUUUCAUGUUCUGUCCCUGUGAUGAAUGGAAGAGGAUUUAUUGAGGACCAGGGUUUGAGUAGCAGCUUUUUUCCUUUCUUAGUUGCGGAGGAGGAUGUUUGCUCCGAAAUUUGUGCACUUGAGCCUCUUCUAGAAUUAAGUGAUACUGUUCCAGAUAUUGAAAAGACUGGAAAAAUCAAAGCCAAAAAUCAAGCCAUGGAUUUUAUUCAUGAAAUGGGUUGGCUUCUUCACAGAAGCCAGCUGAAAUUAAGGAUGGUUCACUCGAACUCUAGUGUAGAUCACUUUCCAUUAAAACGGUUCAAGUGGCUUAUGGAGUUCUCUAUGGACCAUGAUUGGUGUGCAGUAGUUAAAAAACUGUUGAACCUGCUGCUUGAUGGAACUGUGAAUACAGGGGAUCAUCCUUCUCUGCAUCUUGCGCUUUUAGAAAUGGGUCUCCUUCACAGAGCUGUAAGGAGAAAUAGCAAGCAGUUAGUGGAGCUACUUUUGAGAUAUGUCCCUGAGAAUAUUUCUGAUAAACCGGGACCUGAAGACAAGGCUCUAGUUGAUGGAGAGAAUCAAACCUUCUUGUUUAGACCUGAUGUUGUUGGUCCUGCUGGUCUGACACCACUCCAUAUAGCAGCUGGGAAAGAUGGUUCUGAAGAUGUACUUGAUGCUUUAACUGAUGAUCCUUGCACGGUGGGAAUUGAAGCAUGGAAGAAUGCUCGUGACAGCACAGGCUCAACGCCUGAGGAUUAUGCACGUUUACGUGGCCAUUAUUCUUACAUUCACUUGGUGCAGAAAAAAAUCAACAAGAGACAAGGAGCAGCUCACGUGGUGGUUGAGAUUCCAAGCAAUCUAACAGAGAACAAUACAAACCAGAAGCACAAUGAGUCAUCCACUAGCUUUGAGAUUGGAAAGUCUGAAGUAAGACAUGGCCAAGGGCACUGUAAACUUUGUGAUUAUAAAUUUUCUUGUAAAACUGCAGUAGGAAGGUCUUUGGUAUACAGACCUGCAAUGCUCUCAAUGGUGGCCAUAGCAGCAGUUUGUGUCUGUGUGGCCCUUCUGUUUAAAAGCUCACCCGAAGUUAUAUGUAUGUUCCGACCCUUCAGGUGGGAAUCGUUGGAUUUCGGAACAAGCUAAGGUUCAAUAACUUGCAACUCAAUAAAACUUGGUAGCUAAUGUAAGGAAUGCGUUCAUAUAGACUGAAUGACCGAGAUUUCCUGUAGGACUUGCUCUUUGAAUUAGCUAAAUUGUGCAAUAUUAUUUACAUAUUUGUUACCUUAAAGGACUUCCUUGUACAAUGUAUGUAGAUUCAAGUUUCCUUUAAACUUUAUUUGAUAGGAUCCUUUGUAUUUCUGUGUAAUACUUGAAUGGAAUCUUCAGUCCUGACUUUGAUUAAAUGACGAGUU